AUUUGAUAAUGCAGAAAUAGUCUUUGGUAUAUUGAUCUGAAAAUGCUAGUAGUUAUACUCAAAGGCAUUUUGACAACUAAGGAAAAUAAUGAUUACUAGUCUUUGUCCGCCUGUGGAACAUUUCUGGUUAGUUCGACAAGAAAAGUAAUUUUCUUGAAUUUUAUCCACAAUGUCUGCGUGGACCACCCUAAACCGUGUGGUGUUCAAGCGAACCUCCACCUUCUUCUUGGCUGGAGCUGCCGGCGCUUUCUUCUUUGAAAGAGCUUUCGAUGUUGGUUCAGUUGCUCUAUUCGAGAGCAUAAACAAGGGAAAACUAUGGAAGGACAUCAAACAUAAAUACGAGUAAUGCAGUAAAACAACACAAAUAUUAUGAAGAUUUAAUUUAUUAGAUAAUUGUUAAUUGCUUGAUUAAACUGAUUAAGUCAAGUUACAACUGUUUUUUAAUUCAUUAGGAUGACUAGAUUAUAGUGGAUUACAGUAACUUGUUGAUUAACUUAAUAAGUAUAAAAAAUACUUUUUGCUUCAACAUACAUGUGUAUUACAAGUUAUAUUUAGUUUUCCGAUCAUAAAAUUCUUUCUAAAAAAUUACUUCACAUUCAUUUUAGUUAAUAUUUACAAUUUCUG